AUGAGAGUUGGCGUUUGUUUGGUGUCAUUAUUUCUUGCUGUAGUAAAUGCUAGAAUUGAUUGUGGAAGCCGUGUGAAACUUGAAGUUGACUUUGAGAACAUCCAGUCGCAUGGAAUAUCUUAUAAGAAAGCAACCGUCAGGAAAACCACCCCAGUAAAUUUAGUUUUUAAUGUGAUUGCUGAGCGAAAGCCGAUAGAAAUCGAAUCAAUUGAUUGGACGUACAAUAAUGUAUCAAUCAAUAUUGGUGACAAUGAUAAUCAAGAUAUAUAUUAUUCAACUGAGAAAGUUAGCUCAGGUUUUACUAUUACAUUACAUAUGAAAGCGCCAACCUCCCGUGUUGCUGGGACCUGGAUUCUUACAGUAAAUGCAAAGGAUAAUUCUAAACAUGUUGGAUUUUGUUAUAUUUCGUGUAAGUUUUACGUUUUAGCUCUUAUAUUUCGUAUUACUUCUGAUAACUCAUCUUAA